ACUCCUGUCCUCUUCAUGUUCCUCUCUUACUGCACAGGUUCCCUCUCCCAGCCUGUGCUGACUCAACCACCGUCCGUCUCUGCAUCCCUGGGAGCAUCUGUGAGAUUCACCUGCACCAUGAGCAGUGGCUUCAGUGUUGGUGAUUUCUGGAUACGUUGGUACCAACAGAAGCCAGGAAGCCCUCCCCGGUACCUUCUUACAUUCCAUUCAGAUUCAGACAAACACCAGGGUUCCGGGGUUCCCAGUCGAUUCUCUGGAUCCAGUGAUACAUCCACCAAUGCAGGGCUUUUGCUCAUUUCUGGGCUCCAGCCUGAGGAUGAGGCUGACUAUUUCUGUGAAACUUAUCAUGGUAAUUCAAAGACUUUCACAGUGCUCCAAACUUACGGGGAA